GUCCCACGGCGACGGGACACGAUGCUGCGCAAGUUGCUGCCGCAAUGGAGCGUGGCUGUGUUCCUACUGAGCUACUCCGUGCCCUCCUGCGGACGCUCCGUGGAGGGGCUCGGCCGCCGCCACAAACGGGCCGUGUCUGAACACCAGCUCCUGCAUGACAAGGGUAAGUCCAUCCAGGACCUGCGGCGGCGUUUCUUCCUGCACCACCUGAUGGCAGAGAUCCACACCGCCGAGAUCAGAGCUACCUCCGAGGUCUCCCCGAACUCCAAGCCCGCAGCCAACACCAAGAACCACCCAGUCGGCUUCGGCUCUGACGACGAGGGCAGGUACCUCACUCAGGAAACCAACAAGGUGGAGCCCUACAAGGAGCAGCCCCUCAAGACGCCAGGGAAGAAGAAGAAAGGCAAGCCCGGGAAGCGCAAGGAGCAGGAGAAGAAGAAGCGGCGAACUCGCUCUGCCUGGCCGCUCUCGGUGGGCACCGGGAGCGGGCUCGACGCCUACCACGUGUCCGACAUCUCCGAGCCAGAGCCUGAGCUCAGCUCAUGGAGGCAUUGAAAUCUUCAGCAAAGAUCUUCUAAGGACGUAUUACAAACUUCUGUAAUAGUGAACAUAUGGAAAGUAUUAGAAAUAUUUAUUGUCUGUAAAUACUGUAAAUGCAUUGGAAUAAAACUGUCUCCCGGUGGCUCCAGGAAACUGCACAUUGGUCAUUGUGAAUAUUUUUCCCAAGGCUAAUCCAAUUAUUAUUAUCGCAUUUACCAUAAUUUAUUUUGUCAACUGAUGUAUUUAUUUUGUAAAUGUAUCUUGGUGCUGCUGAAUUUCUAUAUUUUUUGUAACAUAAUGCACUUUAGAUAUACAUAUCAAGUAUAUUGAUAAAUGACACAACAAAGUGUCUCUAUUUUGUGGUUGAUUUUAAUGAAUGCCUAAAUAUAAUUACCCAAACUGAUUUUCCUCUGUGCUUGUAAAAAUAGCAGUAUUUUAAAUUUGUAAAAAUGUCUAAUAAAAUAUAAUCUAAUGACAU